UCGUUCUCCUGUUUGUGGCUGUAGAUCGAGAGCUAUUCUAGCACACCCCAUCCCAUUUCGUUUCACCAGUUGGUUCGAGCAUUAUUCUUGCUGCUCGACAGCUCAAGAGGGAGAAAAAGUGGAGUCAAAUCUUUUGUAUUUCUCUACUUUCUUUUUUUUCCUUAUUCGAUGAUGUGCCCUUUUCUUUAAUUUGAGUUCUUGAUCCUGCCAAAAACAAAAGCCCUCACCUUUGCAACAAAGUUGAGGGGUGUCCUCUCAUUUCAACCCCUCACCAAUCCCUCCCACUCCAGAGCUCCAAUCUCUACCUGCAAUUUCCCCACCUCCAAAUCCGUUUCCCUCCCGAAAACCUCGGAUUUCCACAACCCUCCACCGUAGCAGUUCUUGAUUCACCCAGACCCAGAUAUUCACUGAUCUAGUUUUCCCUCCCGAAACUACAGUUUUUCUGCAUUUGUUGGUCCAAGAAUACAACGAAAUCUCCCCAUUUCCCACGGAAAUCUCGGGGUUUUCACCUCUCAAUUCCUCAGGCUGCUCAUUGAUUCAGGCCCAUGCAUCUGUCGCUAUGGAAGCCGCUCUCCCACUGCGCCGCCAUCCUCCUCGCCAAGAACCACCGGCGUCGCGGCGGUGGGAGCGGCCGGCACGGCGGCCACGGUAGCAACGGCCACCGUGACGACCCGUCCUCAUUCCUCCGGCAGCUGCGGGACACGCUGGAUGCGGCAUCGGAGGACGGCUUCCUCCACCCGCUGCCGGACUCCGCCGGAGCCGAUGCGGACGCCGCCGUGUCCCGCUCCCGCUCCCUGGCGCGCCUGCGCGCGCAGCGGGACUUCCUGCGCGCCACCGCCCUCGCCGCCGCCGCCGGGCCUUUCCGGUCGCUCUCCGACCUCCCGUUGCUCUCCCACGCCAUCGCCACCUUCCUCGCCAUGUACCCGGACUAUGCUUCAACCGCCGAUGUCGACCGUCUUCGCGUCGACCAUUACUCCCACCUCGACGCACCUGGUGCCGGCAAGGUUUGCCUAGAUUACUGCGGCUUCGGCCUCUUCGACUCUAGCUGGGAUUCUUCUUCGUCGUCCUUCACAUUGCACGGGCUCAAUGCCAAUUUGAGCAACCAUGCGCUCUAUGGGGGUGCGGAGCCUGGCACUGUGGAGAAUGAUAUCAAAGAGCGCAUCUUGGAGUACCUCAAUGUGCCAGCCAGCGAGUAUGCACUGGUUUUUACAGUGAGCCGAGGGUCGGCAUUUCGGCUGCUUGCUGAAUGCUACCCCUUCGAGACCAACCGCAGGUUGCUGACGAUGUUCGACCAUGAGAGCCAGUCAGUCAACUGGAUGGCGCAGAGUGCACGGGCAAAGGGUGCCAAGACGCCCACCGCAUGGUUCCGUUGGCCAACACUGAAGCUCUGCUCGACGGAGCUGCGGAAGGAGAUUGUGGGCAAGAAGAAGGGUCGGCGACGGGAUGCUGCAGUUGGGUUGUUUGUUUUCCCUGCGCAGUCUCGGGUGACCGGCGCCAAGUACUCCUACCAGUGGAUGGCACUGGCACAGCAGAAUGGGUGGCAUGUGAUGCUUGAUGCUGGUGCACUUGGUCCCAAGGACAUGGAUUCGCUGGGGCUCUCGCUGUUUCGGCCGGACUUCAUUAUAACUUCAUUCUACAGGGUGUUUGGUGCAGAUCCGACUGGGUUUGGUUGCCUUCUAAUCAAGAAGUCGGUAAUUGGGAGCUUACAGGGGAGAAACGGGUGUAAUGCGUCGGCGAUGGUGAGGAUUGUUCCUGUGUUUCCACAGUAUCUCAGUGACUCAGUCGAUGGGUUUGAUGCAUUUGAUGAGCUUGAAGAUGACUCGGGCAUUAACAGAGAUGAAAAGCCAGCUUCUAAUGCUCAAAAUGGGUUGCAACUGCCAGCAUUUUCAGGUGUUUACACGUCUGCUCAGGUUAGAGAGACUUUUGAGAAUGAUCCUGGUCGUGACAGCAGCUCGGAUAGGGAUGGGGCAAGCACCAUCUUUGAAGAAACUGAGAGCAUCUCGAUGGGUGAGGUCAUGAGGAGUCCAGCAUUCAGUGAGGACUGUUCAUCAGAAAACUCUUUCUGGGUUGAUGUUGGCCAGAGCCCGUUGGGGUCAGAGAAAUCUGGCCAAUUCAAUAAAGGGAAGCUGGGAUCACCAUUACCGUCUUCUUGGUUUAACGGAAGAAAGUGUAACAAGAGGAUGUCACCAAACUUAACCUCCAGGAUAUCGAGAAGCCCACUUUAUGAUGGUAAUGUGAUUUCUUUCGAUGCAGUUGUGCUAUCAGUAUCUCAAGAUGCAGACUGCCUCAAGGAAGACCCUGAAGAAGAAUUUUUUGAGAAUGGUCGGAGAACUCAUUUCAGGCAGGUUAGUGAGAUCCAAGAGGAGCCCGAUGUCGAAGAGGUAGCAUGCCAACAUGGUAUGAACGGGGGUGCAGAGCACAAAGAAAGUGCUAUAAGGAGGGAGACUGAAGGGGAGUUCCGGCUGCUGGGAGGGAGGGAUGGCAACAACAGAUUCACUGGGGGGCGACUCUUUGGUGUUGAAGAUAUCGGUGGAGGUUUAAGCAUGGGGUGCAGAGUUUCAUUCAGCACAGAGGCUAAUAUUAUUGCUGACAGGAUGAACCGGGCUUCGGAUGCUGCGGAAGCUUCUGGAUAUACAUUCCGAGAUGAUGAUGGUUGUGCAACUGAUGGAUAUGAUGAUGCUCAGGAUUGGGGCAGGAGGGAGCCAGAGAUAAUUUGCAGGCACAUUGAUCAUGUUGAUAUGAUGGGGCUCAACAGAACUACUCUUAGAUUAAGAUACUUGAUCAAUUGGCUAGUAACUUCACUUUUGCAGCUAAAGUUGCCAGACUCUAAAGGUGGUGACGAACUCCCUCUUGUCCACAUCUAUGGUCCCAAGAUUAAGUAUGAAAGGGGAGCAGCUGUUGCUUUUAAUGUGAAGCAAAGUGAUGGAACAUUUGUUAAUGCUGAAGUUGUUCAAAAGAUUGCUGAGAAAAAUGGCAUAUCUGUUGGCAUUGGUUUUCUCAGUCAUAUAAAAUUAGAUAUGAACCAAAAACAGUUAAAUGGCAUGCUCGAUAUACCUGAGGCUUCCUUUUAUAAGAAUGGACGCAGAGACAAUAAAAAGGUGACUGUAAGAGUUGAAGUCGUGACUGCUUCACUUGGCUUCCUUACUAACUUUGAAGAUGUUUACAAGAUGUGGGCUUUUGUUGCCAAGUUCUUAGAUCCUUCGUUUCUUGAAAGUGAGCUCCUUACAAUUUCUGCUGACCACUCGGAAGGACAAACCUGAGCAUGACAUGUAACAUAGCAACCACCACCAAACAAAUGAGAGGAAGGUGAUUUCUCCUUUUGUUGAAGCAUAUGUUUGACUUUUAUGCUUUCGAGGGGUAAUCAAUAGUGGUUUUAGCAGAUUUCUUUAUUCUUUGCCUAGUUCCUCUAUAUAUGAGCCAUAUUUGUUUUUGUUCAUGUAGAAUUUGCUCAAAUAUGUACCAGUAGCUCAUCAGUAGAGCUCUUUCCCACGGAACAAUGUUUGUAAAGCAGCUCACUGGAAAUGAAAAUAGUUUGAGUGGCUUUGUGCAA